CUUUACCCUGAACCACCAUCAUGACAGCCACUGAAGCCCCAAAAAUAAGGUGGACAGUUCAUGUUGAGGUUCGUUUGAAAUCCCGAGCUACCGCCAGGUUCGAAACGAUUCGCCAUCGAGUUCAUGACUGGAUACAUACAUUCGACCGCAUCAACUUGUCCUCGACUCUUAUCGGAUGGGAGGUCGUUCCAGAACUGGGGACAUCUGUUGAUCGGAUCGUUGUCUGCGAAUCAACAUGUCCGUCACAGUCUCUUCCACUAGACGAGUUGACCUUACAGGUCCACGUUUAUCAACCUUCGGACACCGAUUCCUUUGAGGAAUUUUCCAACGGCGCUGGCUCCAAAGAUGACGAGGAUGAUACAAUGGCUGCAAGUGUCUGCGAAUUGCCCAAUCUAAGCUGGGAGGGUCUCUGGGAUUCUUUGAUAUACGCGGAUGAUAUAAAGAUGAAGCUUUUGGACUACAUUCAUGCCACUCUCAUCUUCAGCGAUGCUGACGUUAACUUCAAUCUUGUUUCAUGGAAUCGCGUCGUUCUCCUGCAUGGACCUCCCGGAACAGGAAAAACAUCACUGUGUCGUGCACUUGCGCAGAAGCUCUCCAUCCGCUUAUCCCAUCGUUAUACCAAUGCCCGAUUACUUGAGAUAAAUGCUCACUCCCUCUUUUCCAAAUGGUUUUCAGAAUCUGGAAAGCUCGUCCAGCGGCUUUUCACAAGUAUAACAGAACUUGCCGAAGAAGAAGAUGCUUUCCUCGUUGUCCUCAUAGAUGAGGUAGAAUCUUUGACAGCGGCAAGGGCCGGGGCAAUGGCAGGUACGGAACCAUCGGAUGGCUUACGGGUCGUGAAUGCCCUUCUAACCCAAUUGGACAAGUUGAAGCACAAGAAAAACGUCCUGGUCAUGUCGACAAGUAAUCUUGUAAAAGCGAUUGAUAGUGCAUUUGUAGAUCGAGCAGAUAUCAUACAAUAUGUUGACCUUCCUUCUCGCGAAGCUAUAUACGAUAUCCUCCGUUCGUCGCUAUGCGAGAUUGUGAAUAAAGGUCUCGUCACUCCUGUUAACGUUCCUACUCUACAAGCAGCACGAAUGUAUGAACUGGCAGCUCCCGCACAGUCUACGCCAUCCGCUUCAGCACCUAUAGAUGCUCACGCAAAGUCAGGGCAUGUAGCUCUCAAGCUUCGUGCGCUAGCAGCUGAUUGUCGAAGUCACGGCAUGUCUGGUCGAGCGCUGCGCCGGCUUCCCGUGCUUGCUCUCGCAAGAUAUAUAGGGAUUAGUGGCGUCUCUAGUGUUGCACUAUCGUCACCUUCAAAAGGGCAUGCUCAAACACAGCAGGCGUGUGCAGGUAUCGACCAAUGGCUGAUUGGCAUGGAACGGGUCCUUGCAGAACAAGCAAAGGAGAAAGAACGGUUAUCAUGA